AACAAAUGUCAUAGUAACAAGGGAUAACACGUGAUUUUAUAUUGUUAUUACAAUUUUAACUGAAUUUUGGGUUUUCUCAUGAUACAUCAUAAAAUAAAAUAAAUUGAAAAAAUGUACUCAUCGGACUCGUCGUAUGACGAUGAAAAGGCGUCACAUCAACAAUCCAAAAUCAACGGAAACGAGGUUCAGAAUACAAUAUCAUCAAAUGAAAUUUUGAAUGUUGAAAAACAUGUCACCUGGAACGAUUUGGGUUUGGCAGAGCCAUUAAUUGAAGCAGUCAAGGAAUUGAAAUGGAAGACACCAUCAAAAAUUCAACGUGAAGCAAUCCCUGUGGCAUUACAAAAUCGGGAUCUAAUUGCGCUCGCUGAAACUGGAAGCGGAAAAACAGGAGCUUUUGCAUUGCCAAUUUUAAAUUCACUACUGGAGAAUCCUCAGCGAUAUUUCGCUCUAAUUUUGACGCCGACACGAGAGUUAGCCUUCCAAAUUGCCGAACAGGUUGAGGCUUUAGGUUCUUCUGUUGGUGUGAAAUGUACAGUUAUUGUUGGUGGUUUGGACAUGGUGUCUCAGGCAUUGCAACUGGCCAAAAAACCUCAUAUCCUAGUGGCCACACCAGGACGUUUGUGCGACCAUUUGGAGAAUACUAAAGGAUUUAAUCUUAAGGCCAUCAAAUACUUGGUUCUUGAUGAGGCAGAUAGAAUACUUAAUAUGGAUUUCGAGACGGAACUUGAAAAAAUUCUUAAAGUUAUUCCACGUGAACGUCGAACUUAUUUAUUCAGCGCAACAAUGACAAAGCAAGUGAAGAAAUUACAGAGAGCUUCUCUCAGAGACCCCAUCAAAGUUGAAGUUUCAAAUAAAUAUGGGACGGUUGAAAAUUUACAACAAUAUUACAUAUUCAUCCCCGUGAAAUAUAAAGAUGUAUACCUGGUUAGCGUAUUAAAUGAGUUAGCUGGCAAUAGCUUCAUGAUCUUUUGUUCGACUUGCAGUAACACAGUCCGUGUCGCACUACUAUUGCGAAAUCUCGGAAUGAAUGCCAUCCCGCUCCAUGGGCAAAUGUCACAAAAUAAGAGAUUGGCCGCGCUAAAUAAGUUCAGAUCAAAGAACCGUUCAAUUUUAAUAUCAACUGAUGUCGCAAGUCGAGGGUUGGAUAUCCCCCACGUUGAUAUUGUCAUCAAUUUAGACAUUCCCACGCAUAGCAAAGAUUACAUUCAUCGGGUUGGUAGGACAGCGCGCGCUGGGCGCGCUGGAAAAGCGAUCACUUUUGUGACACAAUACGAUGUAGAAUUAUAUCAAAGGAUUGAACAUCUACUUGGAAAGCAAUUGCCAAAAUUUGACUGUGAAGAGGAAGAAGUUUUAGCACUACAAGAAAGAGUUGGUGAGGCUCAGCGAGCAGCCAAAUUGCAAUUAAAAGAUAUUGAAGAUCGCAAAGGUCAAAGAGGAAAGAAACGUGGUGAUGCUGAUGAAUUUGAUGAUACAGAACAGUUUUUGGGUGCACGAAAACGAUUCAAAGGACCACAAAAAGGAGCUGGCAACAAAAAAUUCAAAGGAAAAAGAUAGAUUCAAAUUUUACGUGUCCCAACUUCUGAACAAAAAAUUAAAAACUAUUCCCAAAAAUACUGAA